AAAAUGUUUUCCGUUUCAAGUCCAAGUGUGGAGCUUAGCUCACGUUAGUGCAUUGCAGCGGCGGGAGGUGGUGGUGUUAACAAUAGCACACCACCGGAGCCACGAAGACACGUUCGUACCCGAUCGCCCGCUGCAAAAAUGGCGGGAAUCUUUGGCGCCAUUAUACACAAUCGAUAUUUCCCGGGCAAUUUUCCUCUAUAUAAACCCGUCUUCAUUCUCCCAAUCCUCGAACCCUUCUCUCUGCAAAUACCCAAUUCGUCUCUCUUCUUGUUGCUCAGUUAUAGCAAUGGCUCAAUCCGACCUGCAAAACUCCAAGCCUGAAAUCAAAGAGCCAUCCCUAAAGAUUCAGAAGCUUGACCCUAAUGGAGUUGCUUACUCUGAAGACUGUCAAACCACCCCUCUUCUGCUGGUUACAAAGCUCUCUGAGAACGCUGUUUUACCCUCUCGAGCCUCUGCUCUCUCUGCGGGGUACGAUCUCUCAAGUGCAAUAGAAGCCAAGGUACCAGCCAGGGGAAAAGCCAUGAUACCCACAGAUUUAAGCAUCGCACUACCUGAAGGAACCUAUGCUCGGAUUGCACCACGAUCGGGAUUGGCAUGGAAGCAUUCGAUAGAUGUUGGGGCUGGAGUGAUUGAUGCCGAUUAUAGAGGUCCAGUUGGGGUGAUUCUGUUCAACCAUUCUGAUGUUGAUUUUGAAGUGAAGGCUGGCGAUAAAAUUGCCCAGAUGAUUAUUCAGAAGAUCUUGAUCCCAGAAGUUGCUGAAGUUGAUGAUUUGGAUUCCACUGCCAGAGGUGCUGGUGGGUUCGGAUCCACCGGCGUUUGAAAAUUAAUGGCUGCAAUGAUUAGGGAUAAUAUUUUGUAGUCUAUUUCCCUGUCAAUUAUCAUUUCUGGGUUUAAAGGCUUCUAGGCAAGCUAGUUCUUUACUAGAAUGCUUUUUGUAAAAACUAUGGUGGAUCUAUUGAUCUCUUCAAUUCGAAGUCCUUUUAGUGUAUGAAAGAGGAUUUCCAGUUCAUGAUUGUGCUUGUUCAAUGCUCCGUUGCACUCUACAACUGAACAUUGUAUCUGUGCCAGAGUCUUGUGGAUGGAAAAGGUUCUGUUAUCUAUUUGUGUAAAUGUUAUAACUAUUGUAAUGAAUAUUUUCUCGUAAAUGGGGUGAGAUAGUAGA